CACAGGACCAGAAAAAGAUAGUGUAGUAAGAUCCCAAGAUUUGAACCCAACUUUAAUUGGGCCAGAAUGUAAGAGCGGGGUGACCCGGAAAAAAUCAAGGCGUAGUCAAAGUCAAACGUUACAACUCAGUAAUCUCCAUUGAAAGUGAGAAAGCUACAACACUCCGUGGAGUCGUUGAUCGGCAACAAGAUGAGGAAACGCGAUUUAGCUAUUCUUAUGCUAUCUGCUUUCGCUAUUUUCUUCUCUCUUCAGCAUGAAGGCGAUUUAUCGUUCAAGGAGGCAUGGUUUCAUCUUUCCGAAGAGUAUCCUAUCAAAUACGAAGCUGAGCGGCUUCCACCCCCAAUUGUUGCGGAUCUCAAUGGUGAUGGCAAGAAAGAGGUCCUUGUCGCCACUCAUGAUGCCAAAAUUCAGGUUUUGGAACCACACUCUAGGCGUGUUGAUGAAGGUUUCAGUGAAGCACGUUUGCUCGCGGAGGUGUCCCUCUUGCCUGACAAAAUUCGUAUUGUCUCAGGAAGACGAGCGGUGGCGAUGGCCACUGGUGUGAUAGAUAGGAACUAUAAUCACAGGGAGCCUCGGAAACAGGUCCUAGUUGUUGUUACCUCAGGUUGGUCUGUGAUGUGUUUCGAUCACAAUCUCAAAAAGCUAUGGGAGGUCAACUUGCAGGAGGAUUUUCCACAUAAUGCUCAUCACAGGGAGAUAGCAAUUUCCAUAAGUAAUUAUACUGUAAAGCACGGAGAUUCAGGCUUGGUGAUUGUUGGCGGAAGGAUGGAAAUGCAGCCUCAUAUGCAUAUUGAUCCAUUUGAAGAGAUUGAAAUGGCUGAGAAAAGUGCAGAGCAGCAUAGAAGAAGUGCUGCUGAAAAGGAGGCGUCUGAGAACUCAGGAGCUGUGGAUUUACGCCAUUUUGCACUUUAUGCACUUGCUGGUCGGACCGGCCAACUUCGUUGGAGCAGGAAGAUAGAGAAUAUUCAGACGCCAUCUUCUGAUGAAUCUCUUCUAAUUCCACAACAUAACUACAAGCUUGAUGCUCAUGCUUUGAACAGUCGUCAUCCUGGGGAGUUCGAAUGUCGGGAAUUUAGAGAAUCUAUUCUUGGAGUUAUGCCACAUAACUGGGAUCGGCGGGAAGACACCAGGUUAAAGCUGGCACACUUCAGGCGACACAAAAGGAAGGCGGUUAAGAAAGUACCUGGGAAGUCCGCCACUUACCCUUUCCAUAAGCCUGAGGAAAAGCAUCCUCCUGGGAAAGACACUACCAAGAGAAUCUCAAAUGUUAUUGGAAAGGCAGUAAAUUAUGCAAAAUCAGCAAAACCCAAAAAGCCUUCGCCCUAUAUACCUACUAUUACCAAUUAUACCCAGCUUUGGUGGGUCCCUAACGUUGUUGUGGCUCAUGAGAAGGAAGGGAUUGAAGCUGUUCAUAUAGCAACUGGCCGUACUGUGUGCAAGCUUCAUCUCCUAGAAGGCGGGCUUCAUGCAGAUAUUAAUGGCGAUGGAGUGUUGGACCAUGUCCAGGUGGUGGGGGCCAAUGGUGCUGAGCAGACUGUUGUUAGUGGUUCAAUGGAGGUGCUGCGGCCCUGUUGGGCUGUUGCCACCUCUGGUGUUCCAGUGCGAGAACAGCUUUUCAAUGCUUCUAUUUGUCGUCAUUCUCCUUUUAACUUAUUCCAACAUGGUGAAUUCUCCAGAGGAUUUGGUCACACUUUUGAUGCAAGUUCAUUAGAGGUAGCAACACCUAUUCUCAUCCCCAGAAAUGAUGGUCAUCGACAUCGUAAGGGAAGCCAUGGAGAUGUUAUAUUCUUGACAAAUCGUGGCGAGGUAACAUCAUAUUCUCCGGGCUUGCACGGACAUGGUGCUCUGUGGAAUUGGCAGGUAUUGACGGGUGCCACAUGGUCAAACCUUCAAUCACCAGCGGGGAUGAUGGAAGCUGGUACAGUAGUCCCAACCCUGAAGGCGUUUCCUCUACGUGUGCAUGACAGUCAAGAAUUGAUCCUAGCAGCAGGAGACCAAGAAGCUGUAGUAUUAUCUCCUGGAGGGAGUCUAUUGACUACUAUUGACCUCCCUGCACCUCCCACUCAUGCUUUGGUGUCUGAAGACUUUUCCAAUGAUGGAUUAACUGAUCUUAUCCUUGUCUCUUCAAGUGGAGUUUAUGGUUUUGUUCAAACUAGGCAACCUGGUGCACUCUUCUUUAGCACACUCGUAGGCUGCCUUAUAAUUGUUAUGGGAGUGCUCUUCGUCUCGCAGUAUCUAAAUUCUACAAAGGGAAAACCUAGAGCAACUUCUGGUCAAUGGUGACAAGUGAGACAUACUGAUAGUUUAUGAGGGUGGCAUAAGCCAUGAGAUCCCCGACUUCAUGCUGAGAAAGAACUACCGAAAUGGGAUUUCAGCCAUAUACAUCGAGGAAAUUUCUUAGGUUUGGGUGAACGGGGACCGCCUUGCUAUUGGAAACACUGUAAACUUUUAGAGAGCUCUUUUUCUUCUUAGUCCUUAUUCUCCUAUAGGAUUGAGUUGUAUAUUACUGUAAGACUUGUUGCGUAUAAACUAUGCCUAUAUAUGGGAGAUUAAGGCAAGUUUUUUCUGUCAACCUUUCAUCCUUGAUGCUGUUUUUCAUUUAUCUAGUUAUCUCCAAAUUCUACAAGGAUGGUUCUUCAGGUGUACCAUAGCAUCUUUGCUCAAA